UAUAAAAAAAACAUGUGAGGCCAUACCAGACCGCUCAAAGUCGCAUAUACCUCGUUAACCUGACAGCCUGCGGUCUCCCUCCUCAGAGACAAUAAAGAGGCACUAGAUUUUAAUGAGACAGAAAAGAGGAGAAAAAUGCCAAGCUGCGGGACGACCUAAAUCUACUGGAUUGAGCACAAGAAUGCAAAGUCUAUUUGUUCCUACAGAUACUUUUGUGCCGGAUAAAGUUCAUAUAUGCCGUAGAGUUUCUGUUGUUCAGGACUUUGAAUUAAUGUCUAGUGAGCUAACACAAACCUGGAUUUAUGCUGGCAACAAAAGGGACUGACACAAGAAAACGAAUUAAGUGAGGAGCUUUUAAUCAUUAGCUUCCAAGGAAGUUUGAAGAAAGAAACAACAGCAGCGUUGAUCAGUUUGAUUUGAAGGCUAAGUGACACUGACCUUGGCAGUCCUCGCCUGUGAAUCUGCACAUUUCAACUACGGAGCGAACCAAAUGCAGAGAGAAAGAUGCAUUUCUCUAAGGCUUUGCUGUUUGUCCUCAACUGCGCAACUUUGAGCUCAUCUCUGUCAACUUGUGCCACCGUGGAUUUCGACCAUGUGAAAAGGAAGAGGAUCAAAGCGAUACGGGGUCAGAUUUUGAGCAAACUCCGGUUGACGAGUCCUCCGCCCUCCGACGGACCGAGUGUAAUCCCUUAUCACAUCCAAAAUUUGUAUAACAGCACCAAGGAGCUACUGGAGGAGCUUUGGAGGGAUCGGCAGCAAACCUGCGGUCAGGACAACACAGACACAGAGUACUAUGCCAAAGAGAUCUACAAAUUCAACAUGAUCUACGGGCCACCAGAAAGCAAUGAUCUGCUCUACUGCCCAAAAAGCAUCACCUCCAAGAUUUUCCGCUUCAAUGUCUCUGCCAUGGAAAGGAACUGGACCGACCUCUACAGAGCAGAGUUUCGAGCUUUCAAGGUGCCAAACCAUAGUGCCAAGAGGAAUGAACAGCGGAUUGAGCUCUACCAGGCUGUGAGACCCAAUGACCACAUUAGGAAACGUUACAUUGGAGCCAAGAAUGUGCUGACCAAAGGCAAUGCAGAGUGGAUCACCUUCGAUGUGACCGAAACAGUGCGAGAAUGGCUAAAGAACAGAGGAACUAAUCUGGGUUUGGAAAUCAGUGUGCACUGUCCCUGCCACAUCUUCAACCCAAAUGGCAACAUCAUUGACAAUGAGAACGAAGUGCUGGAGGUGAAGUUUAGAGGCGUGGAUCGAGAUGAGGAGCAGAAACGCUUGGAUCUGGAUUACCUGAACAAGAAAAGGACACAGUACCUGCCUCACCUUAUCCUCAUGAUACUCCCACCCCACCGCCUGAACCCUCAGUCAACUCGCCGACGCAAGAGAGCGCUGGAUACAAACUACUGUUUCUCAAACACGGAGGAGAGCUGCUGUGUUCGCCGGCUUCACAUCGAUUUCCGGCGUGACUUGGACUGGAAGUGGAUCCAUGAGCCCAGUGGUUACGAUGCUAACUUCUGCUCCGGUCCCUGCCCUUACCUGAGGAGCUCAGAUACAACACACAGCUCGGUGCUGAGCCUGUACAAAACUCUGAAUCCGGAGGCAUCUGCCUCUCCUUGCUGUGUCCCUCAAGACCUGGAACCCCUCACUAUACUCUACUACUCUGGACGAACCCCCAAAGUGGAGCAUCUCUCCAACAUGAUUGUAAAGUCAUGCAAGUGUAGCUGAGAAGACAGGCAAGGCGAGGUAGUAUGGCAGGAUUUUACUCGGUACUGAUGAAACCCAUGCUCGUUGACUCUUGGACUCUUAGCUGUGACAAAUACUUAAACUGACCCUGUGGCCUCAUGGCUUAGAUCUGAACACCACUCUGGAGGUCUCACAUUUUUAAGGAUGCACAUUGUCUUGAAAACUUGAGGUCAUUUUUUUUUUUUUUUUUAAUUGUUUAGUAUUUUUUUCCCUCCCUUUCAGUCAGCCAUGUAUGACACGUACUUAUUUUAAUUUUUAAAAUGUCCAACCCAGCCUAACCUGAAAAUAUUUUUUUCUAGAUUUGCAAAGGUGGACACCACAGUCCUAAAGUUAUGUUGCAGAGUGCCCUGUACAAAUCUAUCUGUAACAAAAAGGAAAAAAAAAAAAGCUCCAGGAGCUGCUUCUUGGACAAUGAGUGAAAGAGACUUAUUUUGUGCUAUAUUUUCAACAAAUGUUCCACAAAGUUACAGUCUGUAUUGUCAGUAGAGUAUCUUUCCUGUUUCUUUCUGGGAUUAUAUUUUUAAUAGUCACACACGUAGACUGUGCUCUGUUCAAUGGUCGAAGAGUCCUUUUCAGGCUGGAUUUUACCUUCCAUUCAAACAGUGGACACUGUCUUCAAACACAAAAGGAGAAAGGACAGACUUGCUUCUGUAUCCAAAGCCAUAGCUGCGGUCAGGGAAAAGGAGAGCUGAGAGAAUGCCUCUUGGAUUUGCAAUGGAAAGUGAAUGAACAAAGAAGUUGAGCCAAGCUUUUCUUUUUUUGGCUGGCUAGCAGCAAUGGCCUUUUUUUUCUUUUUGGAAGAAGAAGAAGACCAAGAAGAAGAAGAAGAAGAAGAAGAAGAAGAAGAGGGGACCUGUAAGGAAGGGAAGAACUGUGAUAGAAACUAGUCAUGAGCGCACUACCAUUCACUGGAAGCCCUCGUCCCUGACAGGUUCAAAUUAUUUCUGGGACAUCAAAGAAUAUACUGGAAAAAAAAACAUGUGUUAUGCAACAGGUUUUCUGAGAUUUCUUUUACAUUAAUAGCAGAUUUGGUCUGUUAUGCAACUUGUGAUAUAGUGAUUGUUUCACUAACUGGGAUCAAAAUUGACAUGUAUCUUUAUUAUUCAUGUUUAACUAUGGCUACUGUUUUGUUUUCUUGUGAUUUAGAAAGAACACAACUUAUGUGUCCAUAUAUAGUUUAAUUUGUCCUGUGGUACGUGAUCCAGUAUAUGUCUUAUUGUAUUAAAAGGUGACUAUCCCCAGAGAGUUAAAUCAGAGCACUUUUCUCGAGCACUAACAGGAAAUGUCCUUUAGUUUUAAAUGCAGCCGUUUUCUUCUCCCGCUCUCCUAUCAGCUCACCUGCCACCCUUCACUUCGCAUGUGUAGUCAGGACUCUGGUGUUCCCAAAACACUGCAGUCUUUCAUUCCCCUCUGCUCUGUCUCUGUUUGUUUUGGUGCUCUUUUACGGCGUGAAGACCUAAUGGAACAAGAAAAUGGAGAGGGAGGGGAAAAAGUCUAUAGUGGCCGCAUGUACAGUUAGACCUCAUUUUUCUCCGAGUCAGGAGAACGAUCCUGAAUCCCUGUACUGUUUGACAGUCUGAGUCAUCUUACCUUCAGAUGACAUUUAGGUUUUUUUUUUUUGUUUGUUUGUUUUUAAUUUUUUUGGCAGUAAUAUUGUUUGAUUGACUUGUUGAUUGUUAUUAUUAAAAAUA